AGGGCGGGCUCGGGUCUGAAAGGGAAGCUUCUACUACUCCUUUCCCUCAGCAUCUCUCCCCCACCUCCCUCAGCCUACCUCCCUCAGCCUCCCUCCCUCAGCCCUUCCCGCCCGGGGUCCCGCUCCCUGCCGUGCCUCUCACGCAUGACUGCGGGCUGCCGCGGGGGCCGGGCCGGGCUGUGGAGCCGGCGGGGGCCGGGCCAGGCCGGUGUGGGCCGGCGCUGCGGGGCCGGCGGGAGCCUGCGGAGCCAGGUCGCCGCUGCGGGGCCGCCCGCUCCCGCCCAGCCCCGCCCCACCUCCGAGAGCCAGCCCGCACUGCUGAGGGGCAGCGGCGGGAGCGGCGCCGCAGGGAUGCUGCGGGGAGCGGGGCCGCGAUGGCUGCUGCUGGCGGCUGUGCUGGGGGCUCUGUGCUGCGCCGCGGCGGGGGGCAGCGGCCGGCGGCGGGCGGCCAGCUUGGGCGAGAUGCUGCGGGAGGUGGAGGCGCUCAUGGAGGACACGCAGCACAAGCUGCGCAACGCGGUGCAAGAGAUGGAAGCUGAAGAGGAAGGCGCAAAAAAACUGUCAGAAGUAAACUUUGAAAACCUACCUCCCAACUACCAUAAUGAGUCCAACACGGAAACCAGAAUUGGCAAUAAAACUGUUCAGACUCAUCAAGAAAUUGAAAAGGUUACAGAUAACAAAACUGGAUCAACAGUUUUUUCUGAGACAGUUAUUACAUCUAUAAAAGAUGGAGAAAACAAAAGAAAUCAUGAGUGCAUCAUUGAUGAAGACUGCGAAACGGGGAAAUACUGCCAGUUCUCCACCUUCGAGUACAAAUGUCAGCUCUGUAAAACCCAGCAUACACACUGCUCACGGGAUGUUGAAUGCUGUGGAGACCAGCUUUGUGUCUGGGGCGAGUGCAGGAAAUUCAUUUCAAAAGGAGAGAAUGGCACCAUUUGUGACAACCAACAUGACUGCAACCCUGGAACAUGCUGUGCUUUUCAAAAAGAUCUGCUGUUUCCUGUGUGCACUCCAUUACCUGAAGAAGGUGAGCCCUGCCAUGAUCCUUCAAACAGACUUCUCAACCUGAUCACCUGGGAACUGGAACCUGAUGGAGUACUUGAGCAGUGCCCAUGUGCAAGUGGCUUGAGCUGCCAACCUCAGAGCCACAGCGCUACAUCUGUGUGUGAACACUCUGCCAAUGAAACCAGGGAUAAUGAAAAAGAAGAGCCCUUAAUCAUGGAUGAGAUGCCGUUCCUCAGCUUGAUACCCAGAGAGAGUCUUUCCGAUUAUGAAGAAAGCAGCAUCAUUCAGGAAGUGCGUAAAGAAUUAGAAAGUCUGGAGGACGAAGCAGGUUUGAAGCCUGAGCCUGACUCAGCUCGUGACCUGUUUCUGGGAGAUGAAAUUUGAAAGUCCAAACACCAGACAGUUUAGUUAGUUGAGUAAUUUCUAGAGAGUUUUGUCUAGUGUCUUGCUUAUAUAAACCCUAAACAGAUACGGUUGGAUAGAAGUGCAAUAAACAAGGUCUUCAGUGAGCAUCCUUUUCUGUGCACCAAACCUGCAUGUUCAAAUGCUUGUUGAAUUCACUCAAUCCUUGGACCAAACCUGCUGUCAAAGCCAAAUGAGAACUGUAUCAGCAUUUCUCCUGGGUUAGUACUUUCCCCUUAAGCUUAUCAGUACUUGUACUCAUGAAAAAACACACGUAAGCAUAAAUAAGAUUAAGACAUUAGUAACUGUAGAAGUGACCUUUAAGUAUGUAUGUUUAAAAUGUUGAUUUGUUGGGGUUUUUUUCCCCAGGGUAAGAACCAUCUACUUUGGAGAUUGAUUUUAAGCAACUUUUUGUGGGUUUAAUUCUUUUCUUUAGAAAAUACAAUCAGUGAAGCUGCAGAAUGCAGGUUCUCCGUGUCAUGUCCCCCCCACCAUACACACAUCAUAAGGAUAGAAGAGAUAAGGGACGCUUACCCUUUUAGAUGAAUAUACCCAGAGCUGCUGUUCAGCUGCGUGCAGUGGAUGCUGUCUGUCCUGCAGCAGCCUUCAGUGUAACUUCAGAACUGGUGUUCUACAGCUAGAGCUUCCCUUGGGUUUUAUACUUUCAUACACAAUGGUUAUUGGCCUCCCCACUACCUAAGGGGCAUACUAACAAAAAAACCACAAACCCAAACCUACAGCAUUUUCCAUAUAAAUAAUUGUGUACAUACUUUUAUUCAUAUCAUGUAUUGGUUUCUAUGUAGGAACUUUUAAUGUGACUGUUCAGGCCCCUCUCUCUCAAGGGCAAAAUAUACUAUUUAAAAUUAAAAUUACAGAACCAACAGA